CUCACCAAUUUUUACAACAUUUUUUUUAUUUCUCUGCCAUCUAUGUACGCACAAAGUUCUUUCUUAUAUAUUUUUUUUCCUUUUCUUAAUCUUCUGGUUUUUUUGUUGUUGUUGUUGAGGUGAUUCUCUGCAGUUCCAUUCGUUGUGUUACCGAGCUGUUCUGUUUUGUCCUUUUGCUCCAAACUAGCUGCCUGAAAUUUUUUAUCUCCAAAACGCAUCGUUUGUGAACUCUUCUUUUCUUAGUAGUACUGGCAUUAUUAAAGUGGUUCACUGAUUUUAGAAACCAUCUUUAGUGUAGAAUCUCAAUCAUUUCUUGGUUUGCAAAAUCUCAAAAACUGAAAUAUUACUUGAAAAAUUCAAGCCUUUAUUUCAUAUUUGAUAAUACUAAUAACAAUAAUAACGUUAGCCGUAUGAAAGGGAUUAUUUAAAACAUGUGAAAUUUAAAAAUUAAGAAUAUAGUUGAUGGGUGAUUUACUGUUUUGGGGUAGAAACUAUUUAGAAAUCUAGGGGUGAUAUCUUUGUAUUGUACUUAGGUUUGAUGUAUAAGGACAUGAGUAGUGGCGCAUUGCAUGAGUUGGUGGUUAUUACCCUUUUUCAAUGUUUGGUUUCCCACUACCGGCCAAAUUGUGUCCACACGAUUCAGUUCUUCUGCCAUGGCCCAUAAAAGAUACUGUCUUUUUGGUUAAACAAUGUCUUUGGGCUUUUGGUCUUUUGGUUCUGUGGGGACAGACUUUGUCUUCAGAAUGAGGAGACGUAAUACAUUUGACUUUGAUACGCUUUUAUCAUGUUUCCAAGACAAAUACCAAAGUGUGAACUCAGGGUUUUUGAAAUGCGACCCUGUUCUUUCUUCCUUCUUCUCCAUCUUAAUGGCAAGGAGAGCACUGAGAGCAUUAAAAGGGUUGGUAAAACUUCAAGCAUUAGUGAGAGGUCACAUUGAGAGGAAGCGUACAGCGCAGUGGCUGAAAAGAGUGCAAGCACUCUUGCAUACACAGGCACAAGUUUCUGCAGGGUUGGCUCUGCAUGCCUCACCUUCAAGUGCAAAGUUAUCUAGCCACUUCCAUGGUCCAGAAACACCAGAAAAAUUUGAAAGCCCCAUCAGCUCUAAGAGCAUGAAAUAUGAGCAAUCACCUAUAUUCAAGAGAAAUGGCUCCAAAUCCUGUGUGCAGAUCAAUGGCUAUCAAGAGAUAUGUGGUAGUAGAUUGGAGAAUCAAGUAACUGAACAACCAUGGAGCUCGGGAAGAUCAUUGAUAAGAACAUAUAGUUCCAAUGAUGAAAGAAAUGACAGGGUUCUUGAAGUUGAUUCUGGAAAACCACACUUUACAAAGCGUAGAAACCUCUCUUACUCCACAGUUUCUGAUCAUUAUAGCAAGAGUUUGAACAGCACAAAGGAGUCAACAUCUCUUCAAUCUGGUCAAAGUCCAUGUGGUGAAGUUCAGUCCUACAGUUACAGCUCACAAAAAGUGAACGAGAUUGAGGAGAGUCCAUUCUGCACUGCUGACAACAGUCCACAAUUCUUAUCAGCCACUUCCAAAGAUGAUGGCUUCAAAAGAAGCCCUUUUACUCCCACAAGGAGUGAUGGCUCUAGAAGCUACAUUCGUGGUUAUGCUGACUACCCAAGUUACAUGGCAUGCACUGAGUCUUCAAAAGCAAAGGUCAGAUCUUUGAGUGCCCCAAAACAAAGGCCAAAUUGUGAGAGACCUGGUUCAUCAAAUAGAUACUCUCUUAAUGGAUUUGACAUGUCAAGAUUGGCCACACAAAGGGCAAUGCAUGCAAGCUUCACCAAUAAGGCAUAUCCAGGUUCUGGUCGUUUGGACAAGCUUGGUAUGCCUGUGGGGUACAGAUACUGAGUUGUCUUAAUGUUUGAGGUUAUGUGUCUUCUUUUUUCAUAGUCUUAACAUCUGAUUUUGCUAACUUCCAUUGCAGUUUUAAGUAUUAUCAUUAGAAAUCUAUUUCGAAAUUCCAGUGCAUACUGGUGCUGUGAGUCUUGGAUGGAACGUUCAAAGGAAUUAUUAUCUUAGCCUUUCAGUUUUACCUUCCACGCUUCAUCCAUUCAUAAUUAUUUCUUUUACUGGCAGAUGG